GGCGAAGGAUCGAAGCCCCUCCGGAGAAUCUGGGGUCGGGAAGGGCCGCGGGGCCUCGGUCCCCGAACGGAGGAGCUCUGCCUUUCCCCCGCAGGCCUCCCCUUCUCCCCCUCGGAAAUGGCCGCAGCUCCGGCGGGAGAGCCCCGGGGGACUCAGGGGGGAGGCAGAGGGGGCAGAAAGGGAGAGCCCCCUCGGCAUCAGGGCUGGGCCCUCCUUCCAUGGAGGCAGUGGAGGGGCCUCCGGGACAGAAGGGGACUCCGGCGAGGUCAGGCGAGGCUCAAAGCCCCUCUAAGCCGGGAAGGAGCGCGGAGUACCCGGACCUCCGGAAGCACAACAACUGCAUGGCCAGCAACCUGACGCCGUCCCUCUAUGCCCAGCUCUGCGACAAGGCCACCCCCAACGGCUGGACCCUGGACCAGUGCAUCCAGACCGGCGUGGACAACCCAGGCCACCCCUUCAUCAAGACUGUGGGCAUGGUGGCCGGGGACGAGGAGUCCUACCAGGUGUUUGCGGCCAUCUUCGACCCAGUGAUUGAGGAACGGCACAACGGCUACGACCCUCGGACCAUGAAGCACCCCACUGACCUGGACGCCAGCAAGAUCAAGGCUGGGCACUUUGAUGAGCGCUAUGUCCUCUCUUCCCGGGUCCGGACUGGCCGCAGCAUCCGUGGCCUCAGCUUGCCUCCAGCUUGCAGCCGGGCAGAGCGUCGGGAGGUGGAGAAGGUUGCUGCGGAAGCCCUGGCAGGUCUGACAGGGGACCUGGCUGGCAAGUACUACCGUCUGAGCGAGAUGACUGAGAAGGAGCAGCAGCAGCUCAUCGAUGACCACUUCCUCUUCGACAAGCCCGUCUCUCCACUGCUGACGGCUGCAGGAAUGGCGAGGGAUUGGCCAGACGCCCGAGGAAUCUGGCACAACCAUGAGAAAACCUUCCUGCUUUGGAUCAACGAGGAGGACCACACCCGCAUCAUCUCCAUGGAGAAGGGGGGCAACAUGAAGAGGGUCUUUGAGAGGUUCUGCCGGGGCCUGAAGGAGGUGGAGCGUCUGAUCCAGGAACGAGGCUGGGAGUUCAUGUGGAAUGAGCGGCUGGGCUACAUCCUGACCUGCCCAUCCAACCUGGGCACAGGGCUGCGUGCCGGCGUCCACAUCAAGCUGCCCCUCCUCAGCAAAGACAGCCGCUUCUCCAAGAUCCUGGAGAACCUGAGACUGCAGAAACGUGGCACGGGAGGAGUGGACACGGCAGCCACAGGGAGCACCUUUGACAUCUCCAACCUGGAUCGUCUGGGCAAAUCAGAGGUAGAGCUGGUGCAACUGGUGAUCGAUGGGGUGAACUACCUGAUCGACUGUGAGCGCCGCCUGGAGCGUGGCCAAGACAUCCGGAUCCCAUCCCCCGUCCCACAGUUCCGGACCUGAGACCGGUGAGCCGGCCUGGUCUGGGGCCUGGGCUGGAGGGUGCGGAUGCCCACUCUUGUGGCUUCACCCACUAACUGCUCCCCAUAAAGUCUCCAGCCACUG